AGUUUUACGUCGACGACUAGCCGAAAAUGGCGGAGUACCUGGCAUCCAUUUUCGGCACAGAAAAAGACAAGUAAGUUUUAUUUCAUUAAUGUGUUAUUGUUAGCGACGAUGAGAGACGUUAUGGAGAGCGUUUUUGCAGCUAGUCUGAUUGGUGUUCGUGUUUGGUCAGUUGGGGGCCGCGGCGCCACAGAAUGUUCUAGUGAAGCUAGGAGUAGCACGAGGAAGCUAAGUGUGAGCUCGCGCAUUGAAUGAAACUCAGGGAGACACCUUAGCUAACCUGCAGCAGCGGUUUCCUGGAGAUGUGCGCCAAAAUGUGCCAUUUCUGAACGCUUUUAGGAGUUUAUUUAAAGUCAUGUAAACACCAAAGCAUCCUUUGUGUCGUCUCCCCGAUGAAGGGAGCUUGUUAGCCCAGUAACAGUGCUCCUGAGGGGGGCUGUUUUGUUCUGGUUCACCGGUGGAGAGCAGCAGACGCCAACGUACUGAUAUAAAUAUUAGUAAUUAGCGACGAAAAAAUGAGUAUUUUGAAUUCGUAAAGUAGCUUAAGUUGUUAUUUUACUGUAAGUUUGUCUGUGAGCGUGAGUUAAAACAGUAAAGUAGUGUAGUUAAGCAGUCACAUGUGAGUUAAAAUGAGUCCAUUGUGAAACAAACGCGAAUAUGUUAGCUAUUAGUUUAUUGCUUUUAUAAGUUUAUUAGUAUAAUGCACUUAUUACAACUCCAACAAUAAGUUUGAACAUCAGCUAGCAUCUGUCUGAACUGCUGUCUGUUUAUAAUGCUCUAAAAUACAUGUUUUUUGAUACAAUUUAAAGUUCAUUAUUUUUUCAAUGUUACAACAGAUAAACGAACAUCAAACAAAACAGAUGUAAUAGAAGGCAAAAAAAGUAGUAAUAUUAACAUGAAUACACAUAAGAAAAUAAAAAUACAACAAUCGGGUAAUUUGGCAAGGUAAGGUUAACACAUCUGUCUACCAAAACUAUCCCAUUUUUCUUUUAUCAUAUUAUUGUCACAAUUUGAUCUCCCCAACAUCUUCUCACAUGCUACAGUCCUCAUCAUCUGUGUUUUCCACAUACUCAGUGUGGGAGCUUGAGGUUCCUUCCAACUAGGGAUGGGAAUUGAUAAGAUUUUAUCUAUAUCGAUGCCAUUAUUGAUUCUACUUAAUGACUCAGUUCCUUAACGGGUCCCUUAUCGAUGCCUUUCUUUGAUUUAAAAAAAAAAAAAGUAGACUAUAGGUUUUCACAGUUAACUCCAAAUUUGAUUGAGUCUUGGAUAACAGAAAAAGAUGUAUGUCACCUUCAGUGAGAGUCUAAAAAAAAUCAAAUGACAAACUGUUUGUACAGCAUUUACUUUGGUCGUAAUUAGGUCAAAUACACACUGCGUUGUUAAGUCUGGCAUGCAUUGCGCUUGUGUUAACACAGGACAUAAGCAUUGAUGCCAUGCCCUGUUGACAAAUGUUGCAGGUGUUUUCACCUUUGCAUGUUAUCACGUCUCAACAAAUGUUGCAUGUCACACUGUUGUCGUCUUUCUUUGUUAAAUGAAGCCACGCUUUCGUACCAUCCGCCAAAGUCUCUGUUCUCGUUUGUGUAGUUUUCCAAGGCCCCCCGAUUAAUGGGAUUGUUAAGGGAAUCGUUAAGAUAAAAUGUAAGCGAUGUCGAUGUAUUGAACCAUUUGAACCAUUCGAUUCCCAUCCCUACUUCCAACACCUCAGAGAAGUCCGUGCACAUGUUAUUAGACCAGAUUUUAAUAUUCUAAAACUGUAUUUAUUCAACAAUAAGCACCAUAGUUCUGUCUCCAAGGGGACAUAAUAUUGGUGAUCUGGGAAAGUCGUAAUUUAACAAUUUGCUCAUAUAGUCUUUAACUUAAAAUGCAUGUUUAAGCAAAUAGGGAGUUUACCAUGCACUUAAUUUCUGCAGAAAUUUUAAACUCAACUUUUUAAGAUUUUAGUGACUUUAUUUUUUAUUUUAAUGCCUUUUAGUAGAAGAAUAGGACUGUCUGCGCCUGCAGGUUGGGAUGUAAUAGAGGCUUUCAGCUUCAGGGACUAUAUCCUCUGCACACGUGGCGGGUGAUUUAUGACUCGACUAACCCAGGGCCUUGAAUUUCAUCUUGAAAGUCUUGUAACACUGUCUCUUUUUAUUCCCAGGGUUAACUGUUCGUUCUAUUUUAAAAUCGGUGCAUGCAGACAUGGAGACCGCUGCUCGAGAUUGCACAAUAAACCAACCUUCAGCCAGGUGAGCAUCCCACUGACAGUUUCCCAUCGAAUAUUAAAGCUUUUUGAGGAAGUUUGACAAUUACUUAAUGAUGGUUCACAGAGUUUGUAGCCUUGAGAGACAAAACCUUUUACUAUUUACCUCAAAGGAGACACUUCUGGCUCAAUGUUUUGCUCACUCCGUUAUGAAAAAGCAUCUUUCCACCUCCUGCUGACGUAUAUUUUGCCUCCUUACUCACCUGGUUUUACACUCUUAUCACCAGCCAUUGUAAUCAUUUCAGUUCCUGGAUAAUUUUAGAUGUUAAUAAUUAAUAAAGAUGUUUUUUGUUUUUUUCAUUAAAACCCCCAAAUGUCCUCACCUGAUAAGACAAUGUCGCAUUGCCAGUUGUACUUGAGUUUAUAUAACUGUUAUGUCUCCGCUUCAGCCUGUUUUGCUUGGCUUUGGACCUGAGAGUCAAACGUUUGUUGGAGCGUGAGUACGCGGCUCACACGGUGUUCUGCUCAAACCAUUACAAGCCAUGUGAAUGUUUGGGUUAAUGUUUGAAGAAGCACUUCAGUGUCUUGGCUGAACAUUUUCUCGUUUAGCUCUUUUUUUUUUUUUUUGUAAUAAUCCAGUUUGUUUUUAUUUAAUGAGAUUUGACUUUUAAGAUUAGUCAAGGCAACAGCGAAAUCAGCAAAUGUGAGCCCGCUGUAAUUCAGGCUACCUUAUAGGCUUUUAAAAAUGUAACUUUGGUUUUGGGAGGAUGCCACAGUCUUCCUCACAGUCCUCCUCAGUUUAGCUCAACUCUAAAUGAACUGUAACAGCAUGCCAAUAUCCGCAUUUCUCCUUCAGGUUGGGAGGAUUUUGUGCUUAAAAAACAAGCUGAAGACCAGAAAACAAGGAGCUGUAAGUAGAUACUGACAAAGAUUACAGGCUGAUUUUGUUGUUUUCUGUUCCUUUUAGACCAUCUUGAUUCAAAACAUCUACCGGAAUCCCCAGAACAGCGCACAGACGGCCGACGCUUCUCGCUGUGAGUUAAACAUUCAUCAGCAAACCCCUCUUUGUUUCCAGAAUAACCUCUCACAUGUACAAACAGGUGUGCUUCUGUCCUGCCCACCAUCGUAUCAUUCCAAACCUAAUAUUCAGUCUUCUCUUAUUAUCACCUUAAACCAACAAACAAACGCACACCUGCUUCUGUUCGGCUCUUACGCUAUCAAGCUCACAACCUCGGCGCCUCACAGCAGGUCCUGAGUAUCUGAAAGCAAACAGAGAGAACUCGCUGACUGUGCUGAGUGUGGUUUAAAAAAAAAAAAAAAACUUGGACCUGUGUGACGAAAUGUCGACACUUUUAUCGACCUAAAGCAAAAACUUUAACUUCAGUUAAAACAAGGGCCCGACCGAUAUGGAUUUUUAUGGGGGGAAAAAAUCAGAUUAGUGAUUAAAUUAAAUUAAAUCCGAUUUAAUUUUUAUGAAGUUAUAAAAAUAUGUAUAUACUGUAGAUACUGUGGGCUACUGCUCUUCAUGCAGACAGGAAGACCGACUGAUCAAACUCGGACCAGAAAAGCGUUUUCAUGUUAUGAGGUCGCUGUGCCAUCUACAGGGUAAGUCGGGGAACUUUUCAAAUGGCGCAACAUUUUUGAAGUGAAACCGAAUUCUAUUUUCUGCAUUUUAUUUCUGAAAAUAUCAGCGAAAAUCUGCAAGUUUUGGCCGAUUACAGAUUAGUCUCAAACGGGCUGAAAUUGGUCGAUUUAAUCGUCUCGCUGAUAAAUCGGUUGGGCCCUAGUUGAAACUCUGCCUUAGCACAUGAGGAAAUAAACUCAGAGCGACUUUAAAAACUGCCGUCAUCAACAGACAUGAGUUGGUUUGUUGCAGCUCAGGUUUGUUUAAAGGGGAACUACACGCGUCAACAUGCAUUUAUACGCAUCAUUAAAAAAUGUGGGUUUCCAGCAGCAUCCUGGGAGACUAAGACGACUCCUCUCACACAGACAGACCUCUGGCUGCAGUAAAGGCACGAAGCAGCCUCGAACUAGUCGGCUAGAAUAAACAUCUGCUCUGUUUGUGACGAGAGCAAAAAGCAUGUCAAAGAAGUUAAUUUCCAACUCUGCAUUUUAUGGCAGUGGACUAGUGGGUCAUGGCGUGUUUGAAGACGUAUAACCUUUGAAUUAUUACCUUUUUUUUGUACCUGUGAAGGAAAACUGUCGACUUUCAUGUCUUAAACUGAAAGUGUGUGCUUCUGGAAAAAAAAACUGACAAAUAUGGAAAUAAAAGAGCUGCAUUAUCAGCAUCAUAGCACUGUUUUGUCUGACUCCAUUUUGUUUUGUCACUGAAGUUUAAGUGUCAUUUGUUGGACCGUUUUAGUCUUAACGACCUUGAAAACCUUCCCAGUCUGCUGAUGGUUUAAAGUUCUCCCUUCACUCACAGAGACCUUUCUGCACCGAGUGUACUUGACUCCCUGAAAACUGAUUAAAAGAAAGAAAAUAUCCUUUACGUAGAACAACCAGCUCCACGCAGUUUGUCUUCAAAGUUCAAGUUAAAGCUGGGAAACGACCCUUCAUCUUUCCCAGUCGAGAUACUGAAACCAGAACUUAUCGGAGCUCUCCCUCUUACUGUAAAUGUCCGUGCCUCUCUGCCUGACUUAAACAUCUGUUUACAUUUUCUAGGUGCCGUCAGCGAUGUGGAAAUGCAGGAGCACUAUGACGAGUUCUUUGAGGUGAGCGACCUUUUGUGCCAGUAGGUCACCCUCGUUCCACUCAUCGCGCGCCGUGACGUAAAGACUGUUGACCAUAUAAAGAUUUUCCAGAUUCGGCUCGAAUAAGAUUCAUCUGGGAGCUGCUGCUUUUAUGUAGAAAGCUUAUGUGACCGCUGUGCUGUGUAGAUUCAGUAUAUUCAGAUAAAAUGUGUUUUAAAGAGAAAAGAAAAAGUCCUGAUGAUUGUUUUAAUUCUUACAGGAGGUGUUCACAGAGAUGGAGGAGAAGUACGGGGAGGUGGAGGAGAUGAACGUGUGCGAUAACUUGGGCGACCACCUAGUCGGUAAUGUCUAUGUAAAGGUCAGUGAAGAAUCUUUAUAGAGUUCAGUGUGAAGUGCUGAAGCAGAACUUUAUUUUUAAGCUGAAACUCUGAGUAUCUCUUUUAUUCUACAGUCAUCAGUCUUUGAUUUGAACUGGGCGCACACUUCUCAUAAGCCCUGUGUGUGUAUUUUUGGGAGGAGCUGAGCGCCCGCCCUUCGUUAAACACCAACAGGGAGAGCAGAGGGCAGAGCAGAGUGUCCUUAAAUGACUCUAUAAGUGACACACUUAUUCUUCUUGGUCCCAGCAGCUCCGACUUUAAACUUUAGAUCAUUUUGAAAACACCUGAUUUUGGAUCAUGUAUCCAAACUUACGCCUGCUUUAAGAAACAUGAUUUUUAUUGAGGAGGUUUUCGGCUUUGCAGAAAUCACAGGGCGCUUAAAAAAGGUCAUAAAUGUAUUUAUCAUUAUUAUAAUGUGAUAAAGUUACUCACUAAAUUCAUUUUUGUAGAGAGAAUCAGAAUCAGAAAUACUUUAAUAAUUCCUGGGGGUAAAUUGCUUUUUUGUUACAGUGACUCCAGUGCAAAUAAAGUAGAAAGAGGUGAUAAAUAAAUAGAUAAAAUAAGUUAAAAUAGUUAAUUUAUUUAUGUUUUUAAAUCUAUUUAUUCACACUGGAGUGACUGUAACAAAAAGCAGUUUUUCUCUGGGAAUAUUAGAGUAUUUCUGAUUCCUAUUCAUUCUACAAAAAUGAAUUUAGUGAGUUACUUUAUCAUAUAAUAAUAAUAAUAAUUUAAAAAAUACAUUUAUGACCUAUUUUAAGGGACCUGUGAUUUCUGCAAAGCUGAAAACCUCCUCAUUAAAAAUCAUUUUCUGUAAAGGAGGCAGAAGUUCAGAUACAUGAUCUAAAAUCAGGUCUUUUCAAAACAAUCUAAAGCUUUAUUUAAAGUACAAUGAAAUGAUUUUAUCGGUUCACUGAGGUCAAGAGGGCGGGGUUUGUCGAGGUUACAGUGAAAUCAAGACUGCCCUCUGCUGAAAGCGCUGGUAUACAGUCUGAAAAUUAUCUUUAUUUCUCUAAGUGUUCAGGUAAAGGUUCAAACUUGAGAUAAAAAGUGACAGCUCUGUUGUCUGCUUUGCUCUGCAGGACUCGGUAGUGCAGUUUGAUGCUUUGCUUGUUUGCUUCACUUGAGCGUAGUUAUUGAAGGCUGAAUGUAAAUGUUUCAGUCUUUGCAAAGAAUAAAAAAGUAGAUGUGCUGCUGAAUCAGUGCAGACUGGUUGGGAUAGGAUCAGCACAUGCUAUACUGUUUGGGGUAGAAAUCUUUUACUGUCUCACGAUUCGAUUUAAAAUUGAUUUUCGAUUCAAAACGAUUUUUUUCAUAAUGAUUCCUGAUCAUGAUCUAUUCCCUUCUGCUGUGCAAGACAGAAUGACAAAUGAAGACAUUCAAGUGUCUUUUUCACAUUUAUUAAGCUUUAAGCAUUUAUCUAUGCUUCGAUGGAAAAUAUCACAUCCUGCUUCAGUAACAAAACUAAAAGUACCUCUUUAUUAAAAAAACAGUGCAGUUAAACAUGCUGCAUCUCUGCAGCUCUACAGCUUGCGUUGGUCUGCAGCUGGCGGCUAAAUCUGCUCCGUGUCUCUCAUCUCCGUGUGAUGCCUCGUAAUGUGAGCCCGCGCGUUUGUCGUGUUGCCAAAAUGCUUGAUUCUAGUUUUACAAUGUCGGCACACUGCGUGCGUCAUGUUCAGCUCAGUGUGUCCGGGCAUUCGGUAAAAUCUGAAAUGACGCCAAACUUUAGCUUUUAGUGAAGACGGGGCCGACUGGAUCUCCUUUUCCUCCAUUGUUGUAUUUUCCUCUUUGUUUUGACGCCUUCUGCGAAUGCGUGCGUUCCAGAACCGGCUACAUGAUGACGUCAGGAUGUCCAGCGUAGUUCCAAAGCGGAGGCAGACGGGCAGCAGAUAUUUAAUCUUUUAAAAUCGAUUUCGGGACAUUUUAAAUCGAUUCUGAAUCGUAGUAAAUUAGAAUCCCGAUUCUUGUGUGAAUCGAUUUUUUGGGGCACCCCUAUGCAGAAGUUCACAUCAGGCAGGAAAACCGCCUCUCCAUUUGUCACUGAUCAAUUGAGGAUAUGCAUUCUUAAAGUUUGAACCUUUGUGACAUUAGUUCUCAUAGAGUGAUUGUGUUUGUCUCCUUUUGUUUCUGCAGUUUCGACGUGAGGAGGACGCAGAGAAAGCGGUCAUGGACCUGAACAACCGCUGGUUUAACGCCCAGCCCAUCCACGCAGAGCUCUCCCCGGUUACUGAUUUCAGGGAAGCCUGCUGUCGUCAGUAUGAGAUGGGGUAAGUUGUCUCUCUUGGUCUUUCUCUUUUAAUCAAAUUAGUGAGAAGUAAUGACAACAAAGAAAAGAUUUGCAGCAUUUGUCUUGAAAUUUCAGAGUUGUGUUUCUUGAACUGUUGUGCAUAUUGAACAGAAGAACUUUAACACCUGUUUCCAUGAACCGUGAGUCAUUCUUACUCUCCAAUGGUAUCAGAGCGUAGUGUCUAUAAAUCAUUGCAGCUGCCAAAACAGCCAAACCCUUUAUUCGAUCACUUCAGGCAGCAGAUGUUUAGAUGUGAAGUGUGGUUAAAGGCUUUAGUUAAAGGCAGGCUGUGUUUGGAAGCUGUGUUGUUUUCCACCGUGCUGCUAGACAAUCCAACACAAAGCUUCAGUAUUCACACUGUGGAGGAGGUCUGUUUUAAGUCAGCUCUUCUGGUUCUGUUCAGACGCUUUCUUAGAUUUCUGCUGAAACGGGCACAGAGAUAAGUCCACAUCACGCUUAAACCGCGGGUGAACUGAAGGCCUUGAUGCUGAGGUUUGCUCGGAGUAUCUCUGUCAGGUAAAUCAUGUCAUGCCAGCAGGGAGAUCAAACUGUCCUCUGCACUCAGCCUGCACGUGUCCUCCAGCAACCGGACUGAAAUGUUACCAGCUGCAUGGGCACAGUGUGAAUUAUGACGUUUUUUUUUUCAGAUGCAAAAGUAAACUUUGUCCUUCUACAUGUGGGAGGAAACUCUACAUUUCGUCCUUUUAUGAGUCUGGUGGUGUUUUUCCAUUGGUUUAGAGCUUGUUUACUCUACCAAUGACAGGAUGGACUCAGAGUGGGGGGGUUGAUAGAGAUCAGAUGUUUUACAUGUUGGGCUGGCAUGCUCCUCAGCAUGUGUUGGAGUUUUUCCCUAAUGGCACCGCUCCACCAAGUGUAGAAGUUUUAACCCUUAAUGGUCUGAUUUUCCGUCUGUUUUCCACAGAGAGUGCACCCGAGGCGGAUUCUGCAACUUCAUGCACCUGAAACCCAUAUCGCGGGAGCUUCGGAGGGAGCUGUACGGCCGCCGCAGGAAAAGGUUUGAAUAUCUGAGAGCGACGUUUGAACGUUUGAGCGUCACUGAGAGUUCCUAUCUUGAUGUUUUUACGUCUCCCACUCCAGACAUCGCUCUCGCUCGCGCUCCCGGGAACGACGCUCCCGCUCCAGGGACCGACGGCGAGACCGCAGCGAGAGGCGGAGAUCGAGGGACCGAGAGCGCUCAGGAAGAUUCUGAAGGAAGCCGAGACCGACCUGAUGUCCUACCAAAUCCCUCCACCCUUAAACCCAGCAGUGAUGACAAAGUUAUUUUCUCUUUUUUUUGUUGGUGAAUUGUGAGAAGUGUUUUUUUCUUUUGUUUCCCUUUUUUAAGACGAGCUUGUGUCGCUUUCUCAAUAAAAAAACAAAUUUGUAAUUCUGCA